AUGCCGGACUACGCAACCAUCAACCUCCAUCCAGCCACGCACGCCCCUUCCUCCCUGAAAACCACCAUCUACGAUGCUAUCUCCAUCGGCUCCGGCUGGGCUGGCCGCACCUUUGCCGCCCACAUCGUCAAAGCCGGUCUUUCUGCCAUCGUCAUCGAGGACGAGCUCGUGGGCGGCGAGUGCCCCUUCUGGGCCUGCGUCCCUAGCAAGGCGCUGCUGCGGCCGCAGGAGGCUCUGGACGAGGCCCUUGCGGUGGGAGGGGCCAGGGAGCGUACCACAGGGGACAGAAGGGUCGACGUGGCCGCUGUGCUCAGGCGGCGCGAUGAGUAUGCCGGGGUCUGGGACGACACCAAGUUGGCGGUGCCGAUAGUGGAGGGCAGCGGGACGACGAUAGUCAGGGGGGAGGGGAGGAUUGUCGGAGUUAAGAAGGUGAGUGUAAGGAACGUGAAUGGGGAAGAGGUGACGCUGGAGGCGAGACAUGCUGUCGCUGUGUGCACGGGGAGCGCGCUCUACAUUCCUGAUAUUGCCGGUCUGGCGGAGGCGAAACCUUGGACGGUGAGGCACGCGAUUAGUUCCAGCGUAGUGCCGGAAACUCUUGUGAUUGUCGGCGCCGGGCCGAUUGGGGCGGAGAUGGCUACGGUGUAUGCGAAUCUCGGGUCCAAGGUUACUCUCGUUACGCCCAAGGCCGAGAUUCUAGACAAGAUUGACGCCGAGGCUGGUGCGACUGUUCGCCGGCGCCUCGAGUCUCGCGGAGGGGCCAACGUUCUGGUCUCAACGGCCGUGACGUCGGCCGAGCGACAGCCAGAUGGAUUUGUCACAGUCGGUCUCUCCAAUGGCAAGUCUCUUCGUGCCCAUGAAAUCCUGAUCGCAUCAGGAAGAAAGUCUUGCACUACGGGCAUGGGCCUUGAGCAGUUUGGGAUCAAGACCGACGGAAGUCCUAUCAAAGUCGACGAGUCUCUUCGCGUCCCGUCCGUGGAAGGAGGCUGGCUUUAUGCGCUAGGAGAUGUCAACGGGCGAGCGCCCACCAGUCAUACGAGCAAAUAUCACGGCCGCAUUGCUAGCAAUGUCGUCUUGGCGAGCAUCAGGGGUUUGGAGGUGACCCCGUCUCCCUGGUCGGCAUACGCUGCCACUGCCGACGUGGAAGCAGCGCCGCAAGUCAUAUUCACGAGCCCCAACGUGGCAUCCGUAGGGCUCACGAGAACCAAGGCGCAAGUAGCCGGGAGGCCGAUCCGCGAGGUGAUUGCUCCGCUCAUCACGCUCGGGGCUAGGAUCUACGCCGAAGGAUACGAGGACGGAUGGGCUCAGUGGAUCCUGGAUAGGGAGACGGGGAGGCUGCUCGGAGCGACGUUUGUGGGCGACUACGCGGCCGAGCUGCUCCACGCCUCGACGGUUGCCAUUGCGGGAGGGAUGACGCUCGAACGGCUGCUGCAUGCACUGCCUCCGUUUCCGACGAUGAGCGAGGUUUAUCUAAACCUUUUAGACGCAGCUGAAGCUUGA